GCCUUGCGAUGGCGUCGCCGGGGGAAGAUAGUCAUUCCGACAUACAAUGCCCCCGCCCGCGAGUUCAGGUCAGUAUGUCCUUUCAAUGUCCAUCAUUUUUCAACUUUUUUUUUCGUCGUACAUCUCUCCUUCAGGAACGGCAAGGAAUGAUAGACAUGACACUGAAAGUUUAUGCACAAUCGGUCCAUUUGGAAGUCAAUCAUAUUCCCCGCCGUAAAUUUACAUCCCUUCCAGAAUUUUCUAGCGUCUUUUUCAGUUCCGCUUUGGUGUGCGCAAGACGACAAGCUUUCACGGUUCGAAUACACGAUUCAUUGGUUGCCUACCGGAUUUCCUCAAAAAUGUUUGCCACACCUGUUAACCGUCCCUGGGUGUUCCAAAUUGCAGUAUCCCGUGAUCGCCACGGCCCCCACACUCAUGCAAACAGGCGAAACAAUUAAUAUUGAUAUUGAGUGUGAAUUACCGCAGCCUCAAUAUUAUGUAUCAGUGGAGACACAAGCAUCAGGUGCAUGCUGGGCUUGUACUUUGUCAGACAGCGGAUACCGAGGCGUGGAGAUAACGGUUUCAUGGCCCGUGAGCCGAGCAGGCUUAGAGGUAUAUAUGAGUCCCCGCUGGCAACCGAGAGCGGCCCAUGAACCACUUUGUGGCUCAGGCAAGAAACACUAAAUAUGUCUUCUGCCAUAAGUCUCGGGUCCCGCUUAGGUUGUCCCGACAUUCGUUG